GACAGACGCAUGCGUCGUCGCUCGACGACUCGCUGCAAUUUUGGAAUCUUGUCAACAAACAUCUCACUGCGCCCUUAACCCGUAAGCUGGACUGGCAUCUCACACCUCCGCCACUGCACUUUUCCUCGAGCGGAGGCGCGGGCAGUCUCGUGUUUGCCCACGUUGAUACGAGUCUGAUCGAGAGAUUUAUCGAUGCCCCGCGAAAUAUGCACACGCCCGCGCGAAAGAGAUGAACGUUGUGUUCAAAGUGUCGUCGUCGCGUACAGUGGAUACAUUCCCGUGCAAAGUGAUCUUUUUUUUCUAAGAUCGCGAUAUCGAGAGUAUCUGUGGUUUUGAAAGUUCGUUUAAAAAGAAAAAGUGUCUGCAUAAAUUUAAAUUGCAACAAUUGUACAGAUUUGGCGGGGGGGAAUUUGAAUUUUUGAUGAGCUGAGAACACACGCGUCCACACAGAAUGGAUGAGAUAGAGGCUGAAACCGAUGAAUCGAUCGCUGCAACGUUCUCGAGAAGUAUUGGCUUCCAACGAAUCGACAUCGUCCUCACUUACCCUCAAAAGAUCUAUUACAGCGGGCACCAGAUCUCAGGAAACGUUCACUUGGAUCUGGACCAGCCAACAAGUGCUCUAGGAAUCAGGCUCAAGUGCAAGGGAGAGACUCAGGUGUACUUCACCGAUCGAUCGGCAGGAAUCCGGCGUAAGUUUUCGGCGUUCGAGAAUUAUCUUCACGUGGAGACGUAUCUCGUCGGCGAUGGCAAAGAAAAGUCUGUGAUAACCGGAGGCGUCUACCCGUUUAGCCUAACGCUUCCGGAGAACUUGCCGUGCAGCUUCGAGGGUCGAUAUGGACGAGUACGGUACUCGAUUAGGGCAUUGUUGGACGUAACGACCAUUUAUCGGUUUUCCACCAAUAUUAUUCCAUUCACGGUGGCUCCCAUUCUUGACCUUAAUCGAGAUCCUCUCGCUCCCUUGCCAAUAAGUGUCAAACAGUCCAAGAUGUACAUCGGCCAAACGGAACCGCUCAGCAUGUCCAUGGAACUUCCGGUUCACGGUUACGUCCCUGGGCAAACUAUACCGAUUAAGAUAGUCAUGACGAAUCCCACCACCGUUGUGGUCACGAAAAUCAGAGUCGUUUGUAAAAAAGUGGUGACUUAUCAUUCGACGGAAAAGUCGCGUAAGCACAAAGAAAUCGUAGUGGAAGUAGAACAGCCCGUUAACAAAGACACCGACACGUACGACGUCACGUUUGACGUACCUGCAGUACCACCCACCGGGAUGAUCCACUGCAACAUCAUCGACGUUCUAUAUACGCUUAAAGUCGAGGCCUGCGUAGACGUGAGCGAGUGGUACUACAGAAUGUUUCAGAAGAACUUGAAAUUGCGAAAUAUAGUAGUCGGCACGGUACCACUUCAAAAUUACGAGACCCCGCAAAAAACAGUUGACGUGACGGAAGCUUUUUCAUUUUAUCCACCGUGUGCUAUGGCCAGAAAAGAAUACGCCAACGACACGCCGCCGUUGAAAAACCGAGAGAGAGAGGAAACUGCGAAACCAAGUUUGUCUUUGCCGCUCUACGAGAAAAGUCAAAUAUAUCGAUCCUCGAAACCGGACAAGGACGAUCCUACGGGAGACGAUGGCGACAGCGAUGGAGAGGUCAAACCAUACUCGCCUAUGUAUCGCGUGUACACCUUCACAAAAUCGUCCCAAACGGAGGAUCAUUAGACGCGUGUUUAAUUUUUUAAUUAAGAUAGAUAGAGAGAGAGAGAGAGAGAGAGAGAGAGAGAAAGAGAGAGGAGCUGCUUAAUUAUUCAUCAAAGAUUUGAUAUUCGUUAGCGAUGUCCGCAACGGAUUAUAAAAAGAAAAAAGAGAAAAAAAGAAGAAGAAAAUUAUGAAGACCGUCGUUGUAAAUAAAAAGCAAUCGUUCCUUCCAAAUAUUUCACGUCGUAUUUUAACCCAGCGUGCUCAGAAAUGUACGCGUAAAUUUUACGUCCAAUUUCCUGCUCUAUCGAUCGACCGGUUGCCUUCGAUUCCUCCCUUUCGUUUCUUCUUCCGCACACGCGUUAAGGGAAGAGGAAAAAUUAUUAGAACGAAAGAACAAAAAAUAUUCUUGUUCCAUAAAUUGUUAGAACGAGAGAAUGAGUAAGAUAUUGAAAUCCGUUGGGACCAACCCGCGCAGCUAAUUAAAUUAAAUUCGAUAAUCAUGCGGUCAACUCCUGAGGAAAGUUAUUCUAUAAUAAUCGUUCGGACAGUUGGGCACCAUCGAAG